UUAUUCUUAAUAAUUUACAGAAAUUCCCUGUAAACAAACUAUUUCCAACUCAUAAUCCAAAUAUAUGGACGUAGGUAUAUGAUAUGUACACAUAUUUCCAUAAAUCCAUAAAUUGUAAUUUACAUAAAAUAUGCCGUUAGACAAUUAUGUCACCAUUAAUUGGUCACUACUUCUAACGGAUAAAGUUAGUCGGAUAUAGGAAAGAUCUGUCUCCGGACACGUACUCUAAAAUCGAAUAUUUUCCCCUUCUGUAUUAUCUACUAUCAAUAAAAUACAUUUAAAAUGUCCUAAAAAAUUACUCCUGUUCACAAAUCUACAAAUAACUCGUUACGCUGACAUAUUUUCAUUGAAUUUUUGUUUCAAUAUCACAACAAGCGCAAAGUCCACUAGGUCACCGCGUACCGUUUCAAAGAUUUGCUCUUUUACCUCCACACACCGUUCUUGAUAAAAAUGUAUUUCCGCGAUGUUUCGUGGCCGCAAAACACGUCACGACGAGAACGGUGAUAACAACGACGUUUUAUUCUAUUUUAUAUUCUUAAUAACUGCUCUCCCAACACAAGCUUUGCUUACCGGGGUGCUUCAAAAAUUGUAUUUUAAUUUAUAUAUUUUGAUGUGAAAUCUGUGGUGUUCCAAAAUAAUAAUAAUAAUAAUAAUAAUGAUGAUUUCCAAGGGUUUAGCCCGUGGCGGCCGGUACUGGUGCAAUUACCGCGGCGGUAGCCAAACGAAUAUCAUGCGCGUAUUUUACGAAACCAGGUUACACCACGCGGGCACAGUGCAUUCUAACCGUACUUUUCAAAAUAUGAUACCAGUGCAAGUACCACGAAUCAAAACUCGGUUACACGUUGUACGAUUUUACCGUAGAACGAAAUCCUAGGUAUACGCGCGACGCGCACGUACUCCGUGAAAUGUUAGUAGGCGCUAUAACAUACGAAAGCGCGUAAAGUCGUGUUUGAUCGAGUAACAGAUACGGUACGUAGAUAAAACAUGAUAAUCAGUGCAAUCGGUUUGCGCCAAUAAUCGAAACGUUUGUAUGAUAACUGUUAUGAACGCCCGGAGCACGGCACGCGUUGCGCAGACUUUCGUUUCGAAAUGCAGUGCGGAUAAUGGAAAGCGUCGGAAAUAAAUCGAUAAAAUCAUUAGCCGCACGUUCGGAAUUUUGGACGGGUCGCGAAGACGGACGUGUGCGCGAUUACCGCGUGUCAGCCGGUGUGACGGAUUCGGCGAGCACUCCGUUGUAUCGCGUGCUGCGCAAACGAACGCGUCACCUCAUAUGGUGUUAUUAUUGUAUUUAUUUGUGUAUACAUUUUACAAAAAUAAAGGCGUUGGCAUCGUGCGUGUCGAUCGUAUGUCGGUCGACGGCGGAAAGGGAAUUGCGAUGGGAACUGGUGUUUGACCCUACGCCGGACGAGCUGUACGAACGGUUCGAAUGGUUCGACGACCAACGGCGGCAGCAGCGGCGACAGCGGACUGCGGGCAGGUGGCUGCAGCGACGCAGCAACGGCAACGGCGCGAACCCGCAAGAACUGCAGAUGGCCGCGGCCGCGGCCACGGUGCAGCAGUCGAACGUCGCCAUAGCGGCCGCGGCCUCGGCGGCCGACGACGUGUGCGACUGCACGCUGAUGACCGACGUGGUCGAGCUGAGGGAGCACCACUAUCCGAACCAGUUGCCGACGAUGAGGUGCAGAGACGGACCGUGGUGCAAGAAGAUCGAGUACCCCGUGCAGGUGCUGACGAACCUGACGAACGUGUACGAUAGCCCGUACAGCCAGGAGAACUUGCCCAAAGAGCUGUCCGACAUGGACUGGUGGUUCGUCCAGAUCAACAUCACCGUGGCCUGCUCUUGUCCCAAAUAAACCACGCGUUUUCAACCUUCUCGUCCUCGUCAUCUUCCUCGACAUCCGAUCACCACCACGCUCUCGCCAUCACCACCGUCGACGUAUUGUAGCACUGCAAGACACCGUUUUCACCGUUCUCGUAUUUUCAUACUCCCAUACACUCGCGCUGUUACGAUUAUGAUAUUCCGAUUUUUAAAACUAUAAAUAUUAUUUUAUUUAUUUUAUAUCGUUAUGUUCUUCUUGUUAUUAUUAUUACUGUACGGUUUGUCGACGGCAUUCGGUAUGUACACAUAUAGUAAUACAUGCGACAAUUUUCAAACGCAAAACAAUAUUGACUGUAACGAUAAGUUUAAAAUACAAUUUUACGAACGAUACUACCCGUAAUUAUUAUUGCGUUGUUGCGUAUUGUAGAAUUCUGUUUAAUUAUAUUGAUAUCAAUCGUGUUCAGUGUAUGCGUGUGCCGAACAGGAUAAAAUGCAUG